AUGGCAAAGUUUGUAUUCCUUAGCCUUCUGCUGGUUGGAUCCGUCGCUUCUCUAGAUCUCAUUGGCCGUACCCAGUCUGCCGCCGUCAAAGGAAAAUUGGUGUGUGAGGGAAAGCCAGCAUCCGGAGUCAAAGUCAAGCUGAUGGAGUCUGACAACAGCGUUGGAAUUGGUUUCCUCGAUAGUGAUGACAAGAUGGCAUCUGGAAAGGCUGACUCCAGCGGAGGAUUCAACUUGAGCGGAUCGACCAAGGAACUCACUGGAAUCGAACCAUAUCUUGCCGUUUUCCACGACUGCAAGGAUGGAAUUACGCCUUGCCAACGUGUCUUCCGUGUCAACAUUCCAAAAUCCUACACCAACAGCGGAAGCUCUGCCAAGAAGACCUACGAUGCUGGAGUCAUCGAGCUUUCCGGAAAGUACCCAGGAGAGUCCAGAAGCUGUUUGAACUAG